UCGGCUUCGAAGAAGAUAACGGCAUGCAGGAAGAUGAUAGUUUAUAUUCGAACAAGUUGGGUCGUGUCAUUUGGGAAACUCACGUUUAACACAAACAUAAAAGCAGCGUCGUCUUUUGUUUUUGUCGUGUUGUGACUGCCUUAGCUUCGCCGCCGAUUACCUCGUCGUCUGAAUUUGCUAACAGGGUGCUAACCGCUCUUUGGCUGCUGUGCGUAAAUGUUGCGCCGCCCUAGCAUAAACUUUUCUAAAUGUUCGCAAAAGACACAUCCGCUAAUGAUUAAUGUGAGCAGGCCGGUGAGCGCAGUCGGACAUCAAAUGGCUGAAAUGUCGUAAAAAUGACAGCGGCCGAUGUUGUAGCCUGCCACUCGACCACAGAUGUUACCUACGUGUGCUACUCGGUUAGCCACGUAAACGGCUUCUGAUCGGCGUUGACGUAGCAGCAGCUACCAGCUAGCUCGCCUGUCAGCUGAGAGUGUGAAGCUGCUUUACAAGUUAAGUCAGAAGACCCGACACUUUUCUGAGAACUGAAGAACACUAAAGACCUGAGGGAGCCAGAAUGCGAUAGCUGGGCGCGGACGUGUGGCUCGUUGCAUUUAGCGGAGGAUGAAGCGAGUCUUCUGGCUGUUAACAGGAUUAAACAGAAGAAUGGUGAAAUUACUUUUUGCCAUCGCGUUGAUUGCAUACAUCGCUUCCGUCUGGGGAACAUAUACAAACAUGAGAUCAAUAAAAGAGAACGGAGAGGUGAAGAUUGAUCAGAAGAUUGAUGAAGCUGUGGCUCCCCUCCGCGAGAAGAUUCGUGACUUGGAGCACAGUUUUUCUCAAAAAUAUCCACCUGUGAAAUUUCUGUCAGAGAAGGAUCGAAAGAGGAUUCUGAUUACUGGUGGUGCGGGUUUCGUAGGUUCCCACCUGACUGACAAGCUGAUGAUGGAUGGCCACGAAGUGACUGUGGUGGACAACUUUUUCACCGGGAGAAAAAGGAACGUGGAGCACUGGCUUGGCCACGAAAACUUUGAGCUCAUCAAUCAUGAUGUAGUGGAGCCGCUCUACAUUGAGGUGGAUCAGAUCUACCACCUGGCCUCUCCAGCCUCUCCUCCGAAUUAUAUGUAUAACCCCAUCAAAACUCUUAAGACCAACACCAUCGGCACUCUCAACAUGCUUGGCUUGGCCAAACGAGUGGGCGCCAGGCUUCUCUUGGCUUCUACCUCUGAAGUUUAUGGAGACCCUGAAGUACACCCCCAAAAUGAAGAGUAUUGGGGGCACGUAAACCCGAUUGGGCCUCGAGCGUGCUACGACGAAGGGAAACGUGUCGCCGAGACCAUGUGUUACUCCUACAUGAAGCAGGAAGGAGUGGAGGUGAGAGUGGCGCGAAUCUUCAACACGUUCGGCUCCCGAAUGCACAUGAAUGAUGGGCGAGUUGUCAGUAAUUUCAUCCUCCAGGCUCUCCAGGGGGAACCACUCACUGUCUACGGCACUGGUUCCCAAACAAGAGCCUUCCAGUAUGUAAGUGACCUGGUUAAUGGCCUGGUGUUGUUGAUGAACAGUAACAUCAGCAGUCCUGUCAAUCUGGGGAACCCAGAGGAGCACACCAUCCUGGAGUUCGCACAGCUCAUCAAAAGUUUAGUUGUGAGUAAAAGUCAGAUCCAAUUCCUUCCCGAGGCCCAGGACGACCCACAGAGGAGGAGGCCUGACAUCCAAAAAGCCAAGAUGAUGCUGGGCUGGGAACCCGUGGUGCCCCUGGAGGAGGGCCUCAAGAAAACGGUCCAGUACUUCAGCAGAGAACUGGAGCACCAGGCCAACAACCAGUACAUCCCCAAACCCAAAGCGGCCCGCAUGAAGAAAGGCCGACCGAGACACAUUUGAGCAGGACCCGUUUUUACAUUUUUUUUUUUUUUUUUUUUUUUUUUUUUUUUCCCCCCGAGCUUGCACAGAGGCGCAUUCUGGAAUAUUUAUUGUGACGAGACUUUUGAUUGUUGCCUUGAUAAGGAGUUGCAAGUUGCACUGUGAGGCCUCCCUCGCCUGAGCUUUUUAGGUCGGACAAGCCAAUCGUUUCAAACACAGCCUAUAGUAUCUUUUUUUUUUUUUUUUUCUGUCAAUUUGUGCUUAAGCCAUAUAAAACUGUUGAAGCGCUUUAGUGCUUAUGUAUUUUUUUUUUGACGUUUUUUUUUUUUUUUUUUUUUUUUUUU